AUGGACAACUACCCACCGCGGCCACGGCCACGUCCGCCGCUUCGCUCCGAGACCUCGUCCAGCGCCUUCAGCAGGAUAUCAACCGUGUCUGACUUCACGGACCUUGGUAGUUUCCAAAGCCACGGAACCUACCCUCCCUUGCAAAACCGACCUUCUCUCUCCACACUCCAAACGUCCAGCGCCAACUUUGCUUCGGGAACGGGGGCGGGAGAUGAGGGCUAUACCUAUGCCAGCCCAACUUCUGGCUGGACCACCUUGACGACCUCCCCUCACAAUAUUGGCUACUCGCCGGUAGCUUUGACAGACGCGUCGCAACCCUCCAGGCAGGACCGCAGCCACGCCCAUAAGCACCAUGAAGCAAUUCCCGAGGAGGACGGCGCCGACCUCGGUCUGGUCAACUCGGCUGCCUCCAUAGACGGCGGGGAUGCGGAGAAACCAAGCAUACGGGUUACCUCGGUACCGAUGUUUGACCUGACACAUACUCUGGGCCCAACAACGAAGGCCGAUGAAGAUUUCCUGAAGGCCCUGCAGCAGCAGGAAGCGCUCGGGAAACUGACCGGCGGUCUGGGGCUCGGUAUCAAGACGGAUAUGACCGUGACCGAAUCCGCGCUGCUGGCUGCGAGCCCGGUGGCCGAACGGCCGCUCAGUCGAACCUUCUCUAGGGCCAGGCCCGUGAGCCGAGCCGAGACCCUGAAACGACUGGGGCAGAGCGAGGCCAACAAGCGGGGUGAAGUGAUUGAAGUUGUCAUGGAGGACGCCCCGCCACACUCCAAGGUCGACAUCAGUCUGGUAUCGGGACACAACACCGAAGACCCGGUCCCGUCCGUCAUGAAGCAGACGACGUUCCCGACUAGGAAGCCCACGGCUACCGUCUUCUACCCACAGCCCAACUGGAAACCAUUCUCGCUAAGGUGGCCGUACCUCAUCUUGUUGGUUGUCUUAUCGCUCGUCCUCGCAGUUGCCGUCGAGGUGCUAUACCGCUCCUCCGCCCACGACCCACUGGUCACCUUCCGGGCCCCUUCGGAGAUCCCCACGUCCCAAUACUUUGCCAUCAAGUUUCUGCCCAUGAUCACCGCCGUCUCGUACGGUGUGCUCUGGCAGAUCACCAACUUCGAGGUGAUGCGUCUCGAGCCUUUCUAUCAACUCUCCAAAGAGGGGGGCGCCCUAGCAGCCGAGUCGAUCAACGUCGACUAUCUCACGCAGUUCAACCUCUUUCGCCCGCUGCGUGCUCUCCAUUACAGACACUUUGCCGUCGCUGUCUCCUCGAUUGCUAGCUUGCUGGCCAACACAUUGGUGCCCACUCUCGGGGCUGCCUCCAUCGUCCUGACACCGGAUCGUAACACCCGUAUCCAAUUCCCCAAUGAUCCGAAGCACAUUCUCAUGCACCACGUCUGGUCCCGCCUGCUGACCACCACCCUUGUUAUCAUCGCUUUCCUCGGCUGCAUCCUCUUCUACCUGCUGCAGACCCGCCGCACCGGCCUACUCGCCGACGUCAAGGGCAUUGCCGGCCUGGCGUCCAUGGCCACCGUCUCCCAUAUCCUGAUGGACUUCAAGGACAUGGAUGUCGCGACCCACCAGGACAUCCACCACAAGCUCAAAUCCCACCGCUACGUCCUCCGCAACUCUUCCCUCGCCCCAGACGACUCCCUACCCACCGCUCACGGCUCCAACGGAACACAUGACCCGGAACCCGACCGCUACACAAACCACCACCUCUCGCCCAACCCGCAGCCCCUAAUGCUUCGCCCCCAGGGCGCCCUGCCCUUCCUCGCCUUUAUCCUCAUCUUCACCGCCCUCCUCCCGAUCAUCCUCUUCACACCGGCCACGGUGCUCACCGACCACGCCCCCUGGCUCGUGACCGCGCUCGCCGUCCUCAUCAAGCUGUCCUGGGGCGCACUCGAGACCGACGUGCGCGUCAUGGAGCCCUAUUAUAUCCUCUCGCGCCGCCACGCGCCGCCCAAGACGCUGUGCCUCGACUACACCGCCAUGCCCUUUGGCUGGGUCGCCAUCAAGGGCCUGCUCAACGGCCACUGGCUCGUCUUCGCCGUCGGCCUGGGCACCGUCAUCGCCGAGGUGCUCACCGUCUUGGUGACUAGUCUAGCCACCGUCGAGGGCCGUGUGUUCCUCGACAUCAUGGAAAAGGGCGGGAAGCCUACCACAGCCGCCGCCGCCGCCACCGCCGGCCCCGGCCCCGGCGGCGACAUCAACGCCGGGCAGGAGACGGUGCCGAGCUUCUGGCUAUCGCUGGCACUGGCGGUGAUCAUCCUGGUGUACAUGGCCGUCGUGGCGGGCGUGGUAUUCAUGCGGCGCGGGCGCGUCUUCCUGCCGCGCCAGCCCAACACCAUCGCCAGCGUGCUGGCCUACAUCCACCAGAGCAAGAUGCUGUACGGCUUUGUGGGCACGGCCCAAGCUGUCCAACGCCGACAUGCUGCGCCGCCUCGAGGAGCUCGGCAAGACGUAUGGUCUGGGCUGGUUCCAGGGCCGUGA